CCAGAGCGGCGCUGAGACGGACGGACGGACGGCUCUUCCUCCUCCUCUUCCUCCUCCUCCCGCAGACGCCCGGAUGAGAGCAGCAGCAGGAGAAAGCGACAAUCAGGGCACAAUGGUCGCAUGAUUUGGCCGGGCAGAGAGGGCAACCAUCCCCGGGUCGGACUGGAAUGACGGGACCGUCACCCACUGCUGGAAUCUUGACAUUUUCGACGCAGCCCACGUAGACUCGGUUCUGGGGGGGUGCGGGUAAAAACACGCAGAAGACAGAGAGGCGUGGAAGAGUAGCAGGCGAAGAGGGAACGGUGCACAUUUCUCCGCUUGCGGUGUGCUAUUUCGUUGGUGAAAGAGCAAGCAGACAGGCUGCCUCACACUAAGCUAUGGAAUGCUUCCUGCUCCCAGCAUCAUUAGUCUCCAAUCUUUGGACUGAGCUCCAAACUUUUAGUUAGCAGCUGUGCUUCUCCCCUCGAACUCUUACUAAACCAGGGGGAAAAAAAAAGAGUGGGCUUACCAAGUCCUCCACUGAAGACGCAGAACUCCUUUUUCUUUUUAGAAUAAUUUAGCUGUAUUUUUGUUCUCCUGUGUGGAUUUGUGCUCUGAUAAAAUCAUAUCAAGAUGGAUUUGGAGUCGUAUCUGUGGAUGGUGAUAAUUGGCUUCAUCAUCGCCUUCGUUCUGGCCUUCUCCGUUGGGGCCAACGAUGUGGCUAACUCAUUCGGCACAGCAGUGGGGUCCGGUGUGGUCACUCUGAAGCAGGCCUGCAUCUUGGCGUCCAUCUUUGAGACGCUGGGCUCGAUGCUACUCGGGGCAAAAGUGGGAGAGACCAUUCGGAAGGGCAUCAUAGAUGUCAACCUGUAUAAUGAGACGGUGCCCGUCCUCAUGGCGGGGGAGGUCAGCGCCAUGGUAGGGUCAGCUGCCUGGCAGCUUAUUGCCUCCUUCCUCAAACUGCCCAUCUCCGGGACUCACUGCAUUGUUGGGGCGACCAUUGGCUUCUCCAUGGUGGCCAUCGGCACAAAGGGCGUGCAGUGGAUGCAGCUCAUCAAAAUCGUGGCUUCUUGGUUUAUCUCACCCUUGCUGUCAGGACUAAUGUCUGGACUCCUCUUCCUGCUCAUCAGGCACUUUAUCCUCAACAAGGUGGAUUCUGUCCCAAAUGGUCUGCGAGCACUGCCUGUCUUCUAUGCCACCACCAUUGGGAUUAACACUUUCUCUAUCAUGUACACUGGAGCCCCAUUGCUGGGAUUGGAGAUGCUACCGGUUUGGGGCAUCUUCCUCAUCACGUUAGCCGGGUCGCUGGUCUGUGCAGCUUUGGUCUGGAUAUUGGUCUGUCCUUGGAUGAAAAGAAAAAUAGCAAGUCGCUUAAAGAAGGAACAGGCUCUGUCACGGAUAUCUGAUGAAAGCCUGGACAAGAUUCCUGAAGAGGAAGAAGAGAGCCCCGUCUUCAAAGAGCUGCCUGGGGCAAAGGGCACAGACGAGGCCGUGGUGCCGCUCACAGGAGGCAGCAGCGACAGGAGCACCCGGGAGUCCAGCGGGGAGCUCGCCAACAUGGCCAAUGGAGGCACUGUCCUGCCAAACGGCAGGGUCUACGGUCGAACCCACUCAAUGACCAACGGCUGCCUUAAGUCACCUAUCGCUAACGGUAGCUUCACCUUCGAUGGCCACAUGCGCAGCGAUGGCCAAGUCUACCACACGGUCCACAAAGACUCCGGCCUCUACAAAGACUUGCUACACAAAAUCCACCUGGGCCGCAUGGAUGACAGUGACCGGUCCGGCGCACAGCAGCCUGACAACAAUUACCGUCUGCUGCGUCGCAACAACAGCUACACCUGCUACACAGCAGCGAUAUGCGGUAUGCCCGUCCAGCCAAUCAGGCGCUCCGAAUCCCGUGACGACAGCGAGAAGCACGUUGGUGAGGGUGGCGGCAGGAGCAACAGCGUGUCCUACUCAAAGAAGCGGAUACGCUAUGACAGCUACUCAUCGUACUGCAACGCCGUGGCCGAGGCUGAGAUCGAAGCAGAGGAGGGAGGGGUGGAGUUGAAGCUGGCAACAGAGCUGGAGGGGGUGGAGGAAGAAGGAGCUCCAGUUCCAGUGCCUCUUGACGAGGAAGAGCAUGAGGAGAAGGACAAGUCGGAGGUGUUUCUGCUUUUCCACUUCCUGCAGAUCCUGACCGCCUGCUUCGGCUCUUUCGCCCACGGAGGCAAUGAUGUCAGUAAUGCCAUCGGGCCCCUGGUGGCGCUAUGGAUGAUUUAUGAACAGGGAGGUGUCAUGCAGGACGCUGCCACUCCGAUCUGGCUGCUCUUUUAUGGCGGUGUAGGCAUCUGUGCCGGCCUGUGGGUGUGGGGACGCCGCGUCAUCCAGACCAUGGGGAAGGACCUGACUCCCAUCACCCCUUCAAGCGGAUUUUGCAUUGAAGUAAUGAGUGCGCUAACAGUGCUUGUUGCAUCAAAUGUGGGCAUCCCAGUAAGCUCCACCCACUGCAAGGUGGGCUCGGUCGUAGCUGUGGGCUGGAUCCGCUCCCAGAAAGCCGUGGAUUGGCACCUCUUUCGGAACAUCUUCCUGGCCUGGUUCGUCACGGUGCCUGUGGCCGGCCUGUUCAGCGCCGCCGUCAUGGCCCUGUUCGUCUACGGCAUCCUGCCCUAUGUCUGAGAGGGACGUGGCUGGGAGGGCAAGCAGUGGAGAAAGGAAGAGGAGAGUCAGAGAGGGGGAAAGCUAGAAAGAAAUCGUAGCAUGGGUGUUGAUGAUAGAAGGUGAGCAGGACAAGGAGUGAGGAAGGUGAAGGAGACGAGUAGGAGGAAGCUCCAGGGGUUUACAGAUGGACUUUGGUUGUACUGUGGAGGAUGUUAGGAGGGUUGGUUCCCACACUGCCUGGCUCUAUUGUCCAGGAAUCCUCUCAACUUCUUUGAGUUUUAAUCAGUUCAUAUUUAUUCUCUUUUUGGGGGCAAAUGCAACAUGCAGUCUGCUGUACAUACAAUAAUAGUAAUCCUACCUUUUAAUUUAAAAAGAAAUCAAGGAUUAAAAAAAAAUAACCAUACCAGUAAGCACAUAUCUAGUAUCUGAACAAGGAAAAAAAUGUACAUAUUGUUGUUCUGAUCUGUUGUAUUACAGCUUGCUUCGGCACAAAAGAAUUAAGAAAAGAUAUGCGUGUGGUUAACCAACCCUACCAUCAUGUCAGUUUUUAACACGUCAGCCAGGUACAACCGGGGCCAAAAGGAAAGGACACUUCAGAAAAAGAGGGCUGUGCAACUUUGUUUUUGUUUUCCACAUAAUAUCAUAGAAACCUAAUUUACUCAUGAGUUUGAUUUUCUUUUUGUGGAGAGCUCCUGUAUGUGUUUUGAGAUGAAUCUCAUAUUUUUUAAUGAUGUAUUAUAAUGUAAUUUGUACUGUAAAUACUGUCCCCUAAGGAGUUUGGCAGUGGGAUCCUGGUUUGUUUUUAGCGUUGUAGAGAGGAAGGGGGGAGGCUCUUCAUCAUCGUGUAAGCUUCAUGCUCGUGGUUCAGAAAGAAAAAAAAUAUUUUCUGCGGUUUGAUUGGAAACAGCUCAGUUUGAGGAAAUGAAGCAAAAAGGUUGGGUUAGGUUAGGACAGAGAGGUCGUUCUCCUUGGAGUCGAUCCAUGCCAAAGUCAACAUUUCAGCAUGCCAAUUUAGAGCCAAAAAAUGCCAAAACACUAAAGCUGAGCUGAGGCGUACAAGCGCACACUGACGAGGUCCCAUAACAUAUCUUUAUCCUUAUGCCUUUAUUUUCAUACAUAAAGCUGAGUCACUGUCAUAUCAAACCCUACUUUCAUAUAAUAAACGGUGUCAUAUCGAACAUUAAAACAUGAAAACGAAGAGGACUCUGCUCCAGCAAACGGCAGCAUAGCUCCUCAGUGUUUUAGAAAUGCAGAGGCAUCUUCUACCCACCGGUGCUAAAGGUUCAAUUUGAUUCUAUACAGUCAGAGUGAAGGCUCACUUACAGCCUGGUGCAGGUUUUCAGGUUGCUCGUAACACUAAAUAUCACAAGACGUCUGUCUUAAAGAGAUGGUUCUGGUCUACUGACGUGAGGCUAUGUUAAAAGUUUGUAAGCAGUUGAUUUUCUUCCUCCAGAAAAUAACUUUUCUCUAAUCCUUUAUUUUUUUUGAUGCUGCCUUGAAAUCUGCAAGUUACAUGAGACUCUAGCUGCAAGUCAGAAAACCAGUAGGAUUUGCCAGUUAUUUUCAAGGUGCAAUAGUUACAAUGCUGCGUGAGACAAAUACUGUCAGAAGCGCUUAGAAACGGUUUAUAUCUCCACCAAUCACAUGUUAUAUGCCUGGCAGCCAUAUUGGAUAUUGAACCUGGGGCUGUUGAGAUGCUUCUGGCUCCCAAAGACAACAUUUUGAUUUCAGGGGGGGUUCUUGUUCCAUUUAUGACUUAGAUUUUAGAAAAUCCUUUUAACACGUAUAACGGUC